CUAAUUUUUCAACCAAUUUCCAAUUUUUCUUCGCGAUUGAUCUUUCUCCCAGAAGGAUCGGCAGCCAUCGAAGACCUUAGAGAGCAGUAGCAAUGUCGUCGUCGGCGAUUUCUCAGCUCUCUUGCUUCUCUUCCGUAACUCGCCGUGCACAGCUCCGCUCCCGAUUCUCUCCUUCCCCUGCUCUUCGCCCCAAGGUUUUUAUGAGUAAUGAUGGGCGAGGCACAGAUGUAUCCAGUGUAGAGGAUAAGUCUGCUCUAAGCUAUACUACGGAUCCAUUAAAACCACACGGUGGAAGACCAGAAAACCCACUUUCAGCUUCAGAAGAAUCUGUAAAUGGAAAAAAUUCAAGUGAUCCAUUACAAGGAACAAAUGACCUGGCAGGAGAAAAUAUCACCUAUCAACCUAAAAGGGCUGCAAAAAUUCAUGAUUUCUGUUUUGGAAUUCCCUUUGGCACUUUUGUUCUAAGUGGGGGACUGGUUGGUUUUAUUUUCUCAAGAAAUAUUACUACCCUAGGUAACGGUGUGCUAUUUGGAGGUGCUUUGCUGGCUCUCAGCACUGUUAGCUUGAAGGUGUGGAGACAAGGAAAAUCUAGCUUGCCAUUUAUACUAGGCCAAGCAGUACUCGCUGGCUUUCUUCUAUGGAAGAAUGUGCAGACCUAUUCAUUGACUAAGAAAGUGUUUCCAACUGGCCUUUAUGCUGCCAUAAGUGCUGCAAUGUUGUGCUUUUACUUCUAUGUGGUUAUAUCUGGGGGUAAUCCACCACCGAAGAAAAUGAAGUCAUCUGCUGUAGCUGCAUCAUAGCGGUUCCAAUCUCAGAUUCAAUCUUCAGAGAAAUUUCUCUAUGUUGAUGUUAUCCAGGAUUGGGUUGCUGGAGACCAAGACAAUAGUAAUAUUAUUUUGCACACGCUACAUGUGAACGAGGAAAAAGAUGAGGAAAUUUUUUGUUGGCUAUGAACUAUUUUGUGCUUAGUUGAUCUAAUUGUUUAAUAUUCAGACUUUUAUUAUGUAAUCUAUGUAUGGAUAAAUCAAAUUACUUAUCAUUGAAAUUGUAACUACUUUGUUCUUAUGCUGAAUCCAGCGGUUAUGCUCUUUUUGUUAUUA